UGGAAAGCGUGUCUCGGAGAGAGACGGCAAACGAGAAAGGAGAACAAACGAGAAAAAGAAACGGAAAGAGGAAAGACAAGGAGAGAAUAAGAAUGCUGAUGAUUUUCGUUUUGUUCCGCUUAGCUUGAAGUGUCACUAAGUUUUGUGAAAUAGUGCAAUACCAUGGAUAAGAAUACGAAUGACAUGAAGGAAAAUCCCAGGGAGACCGCGAACAUCUUUAGUAUUCUGUUCUUCUGGUGGAUGCGAGAAUUAUUUAUGACAGGAGCCAAACGAGAUUUGGAAGAAUCUGACAUUUAUCGACCAGUGAAAGCAGAUGAAUCCGAGAAAUUGACCGAUCAUCUCGAAAAGUGAGCAUCGUUUGCACUAAAACUAAACAUAUAUUAAUAUUCUUUAUAAUAAUACUUGUAAUUAUAGCUCUUAUUUUUGUUACAUA